AUGCACAUCAACGAAUUACCUGUGGAGAUACUCUCCUCUAUACUCGACUAUGCCGCUCAGAUGAAUGCCGAGAUUGGCGUUCAAUACACCUUUGGCCUCACACAAGCUCCUCUGCCCAUCUCCAAGACACCAUUGACCAGAUACAUCAGAGGACCUGUCCAGCCCGAAGCACAGCGCUGGGAUGGAGCAUCUGCUAUCCGUGGUGUCUGCAGGAUGUGGCACGACUGGGCCCUUCAGAACACCAUCAAGACCGUAUCGAUCCGAAGAUGGCAAGGCUCGGAGCGAUGGGCUGAGAUUCCAACUCGCCGCAACUCUUACGGAGCUUAUGAGCUUAUGAGUAAGCCCAGAGGCAGCGCAGUGUAUCGUGAUCCCUUUGGCUUCCUCAAGAGCGCUGUUAAAUUCUUUUCUCAGUUCCCAGAUGUGGCGGGCCAGGUCCGCCGCAUGUUCUUUGACGGUUUCCACACCGUUGAGACAGACCGCAUGAUCUUCGCGGUCCUGAGAAGCUGUCGUCAUCUCGACUCUAUCAGUGUGCCAUGGACGCUUCUACGACACGGAACUGCACAGGACUGGAUUCAUUUGCUUGGAAUCUCGUCCGAGGACGAUGUUCCUCUCAAAUCUCUUGAACUGAGAGCUACGUGCCUUGCUAGUGCGCAGGAGAAAGAGUGGCUGGAUGUCGAAAACACUCACCCACUUGCCAAUCCUCGCGUCAACUUCGCACACCUCAAGCGCCUCAAGAUCUUCGGCAACACCAGUUUGAUGCCCAUAGAUGACGAAGACAUGUUCAACAUCGCCCGUAGCGCAACCAACCUCGAAGAAUUCCACCUCACCAAUCUCUCCACAAUCACAAUCGCCGGAGUGAUGGCCAUAGUCAACUCCUCAGCAAACACCCUCCGCGUUCUCGAGCACUCUCCUCGCUCAGACGACGGCUUUUUCCACCCUCACCCUGGUCAUCUCUCCCCAGACACUCACGUCUGCGACUCCUUGGCUUCUUGCCCUCGCCUCAGAGACCUCUCCAUCUCCGUACCCAGUAUGUGCGCCUGCCUCUUCUCCCACGAAGACGUAGUCUGGGAAGGCGAGUGCCAGGUCCGUGCCCUCGAACUCUGCGACCGCGACGACAGCAGCACAAAUGAAUCCCACCGCGCCCAACAACUCCAAAGAUCACGCCGCCUACGCGACGUCCUCGAAUCAGCACGCACGCUGAUGCAAAACCAGAAGCGCAAGCGUAGAGAACUUGACAUCGAGCUCUUCUUCGCCGACUGCAUCUUCGAUCCCGCCGAGAGGGUCGUCCACGGUGAUUUCUCCUUUGCGGAGGUCUCUAGCAAUGGCGCUUGGCCUAUGCAUUAUGAGACUUCUGCCAAGGGGCCAUAUGGAUCUACCGGUGUCUAUGGUAAGACCGAGAGCUCGUGGAUCUGUGUGGAUGAAGAUGAACUCAUCCGUGCUGUCGAGAAGAACUGGUUCAGACUUUGA